AUAAAGAUCGCAGGGUGUCUUCCCGGACCGUCCUUCUCGCUUUUACCCUCCUCCCUCUCCUUCUUCCCUAGUUCUGACGAGGCAUGAGACUGCCUCUGCUUGGUUCUUCUCUUUGUGCCUCUUGGCUGCUGUUGUCAGUUGUACAUGCCGCCUAUGUGGACACGAGACAGCCGAUAUCGCUCAUGAGGCGGAGACCCUCCGCAGCGCUGGGCGCUAGAUCAGCUGUGCAUAUGGGUCGACGGGGGAAGAGGGCAGAGGGCAGCAUACCGCUGGGUAACGCGGAGAUGGACACGUCAUAUUACGGCGUCGUUUCUGUCGGGACACCAGCGCAAGAGUUCAACGUCGUUAUUGACACGGGGUCUUCCGACCUCUGGGUGCCCAGCUCGAGCUGCACCAACUGCAAUUCGGGCGGCUCGACCUACGACGUAUCCACUUCCUCGACAGGCAAGACCGUGUCCGACUCGCUCGAGGACACUUACGGCAGCGGCGCGUUCGAGGGCACGCUCGUGCAGGACACCGUCCAGAUGGGCGGCUUCACUGUUUCAAGCCAGCAAUUUGGCGCGAUCACGUACCAGAACGAGACCGAUGGCGAAACCGUUCUCCCUGCGGAAGCGCAGGGGCUAAUGGGCUUCGCGUGGAGACCGCUCGCGCAGGCCGGCACUCCGUUCUGGCUUGACCUCGUAGAAUCAGGCCAGUGGGAUGAGCCGUUGAUGGCGCUGCAGCUCACGCGGUUUGGUAACGACACGAGCGCAAGCAACGCGGAGCCUGGAGGAUCGUUUACGAUGGGCUACACCAACUCCAGCCUCUACACAGGCUCGAUCGAGUACCACAAUCUCACCGAGACGCCGACUUGGUGGGUCAUCGACAUCUCUGGUAUCACCGUCCAAGGCCAAUCUAUCACACCCCCGACGGGCUCCUCAGCGGAAGCGAUGAUCGACUCGGGCACGACGCUCAUCUACGGCCCGACGUCCACCGUCGCAGAGGUGUACUCGAACAUCCCAAGCGCGCAGGUGAUCGAGAGCGGGUACUGGGCGGGAUAUUAUCAAUAUCCAUGUAGCACAAACGUGAACCUCACCCUCUCCUUCGGCGGCGCCUUCUGGCCUAUCAGCAGCGCGGACUUCCAGGCCGUCCAGGGCGCGGGCUCGGACGCGAGCCAGUGCAUCGGCGCGCUCGCACCCACGGAGCAGAGCGCGGGGUUUCCAGCGUGGAUCGUGGGCGAUACCUUCCUGAAAAACGUGUACACGGUGUUCAGCUACAGUCCCGCGGCUGUCGGCUUCGCGGCGCUCUCGGAGACGGCGAUUGCGGAGAAUGGGGUGAACGGGACGCCGCCUGGGGACGUCGGGUCGCAGGGCGGCGAGCAGAAUAAUAGCGGGGUUGCGGCUGGGCGGCUGGGGGAUCCGUUUGGCGCGGGUGCUUGGACGGUGCUUUUGGUGGGGUUGGUGGGUUGUAUGAUGAGUUGAGGAGGGUGCUCCUCUUUUUUUUUGGGUUCAUGCGCAUUCACACCGGGACUCUCUGGCUGUAGUUGAAAAUGACACAUGUAAAAACGGACUGGUCGCGGAUACCUUACUUACUGGCUCAUACCUUGUAGAACCUAAUUGUGUUGAUGAAGGAGGAAAGGGAAGUUACCUAACCAUCGGGUUCGAGCGCAAUAAAUAACUUAUACAUACGAGAUCGAUUACAGAGUAUGGGAAAUGCCAGAUACGC